GUGAAGGGAGUCUCAGGAACAUUUUGCAUUGAGAGUAUUGCUGGAGCUUCUCUUCCUUGCUGGUUGCUGGAUUCCCCCCUAUGGAUCUGAUUGCCUACUUGUGACUUGGAUAGUUUAUUUUUGUUAUUUUAUUAUUUAGUAUUUUAAUUUUCCAAUAUUUAUUUCCUCUGGGAUCCUGCCCUGAACUCUGCACACAUGUUAGUCCACGCAUACUCUGCCAUGGAGCGCUCGGAUGCCCUGAAUGGAUCUACCGGUGGUAGCCGCCUGUCCCAGCUCUCCUCCCUAAACCAGGGGGCAUACAGCUCAGCUCCCCCGCUCUGCCACACCCCGGCAUCGGACUUCCAGCCCCCAUAUUUCCCCCCACCGUACCCUCAGCCACCCCUCUCCUACUCGCAGAGCCAGGAGUCCGGAUACCCCCACCUGGCAGACCCCUACAGCAGCAUCAACCCCCUGCACCAGCACCACCACCAGCAGCAGCAGCAGGUCUGGCACAGCCAGAGGGGUCGGCAGGAGGAGGCAGGUCUGCUCUCACACAGGGGGCUGGGGCUGGACCCUCGCAGGGACUAUGGAGGGAUCCCCCGCCUGCUGCCCGGCCUGGGAGACGGAGGGCACAGCCUGGCAGAGAGUGCUCUGUCUCUCCAUGGCCUGUCACAUCACAGCAUAGAGGACAUGCAGGCAGUGGAUGAGUCUGGAGUUGGCAUAUUGGACCAGUCUGUGAUAAAGAAAGUUCCAAUACCAUCAAAGAAUAACAGCAGCAUGAUGUCUUCUUUAUCUAUGAAUAAAGAAAGUCUUAUCGGUGGAGUGACCAAUCCAAAUGAGGUUUUCUGUUCUGUCCCCGGUCGAUUGUCGCUUCUAAGUUCAACUUCCAAAUACAAGGUGACAGUGGGAGAGGUUCAGAGGCGUCUGUCACCACCAGAGUGUCUCAAUGCAUCCCUGCUUGGAGGUGUUUUAAGGAGAGCAAAGUCAAAGAAUGGUGGCCGCUGUCUUCGAGAGAGGUUGGAAAAGAUAGGACUGAACUUGCCAGCAGGGAGGCGCAAAGCGGCCAAUGUGACUUUAUUGACAUCACUAGUGGAAGGUGAGGCAGUUCAUCUCGCUCGUGACUUUGGCUAUGUUUGUGAGACAGAGUUCCCAGCUAAAGCUGCAGCCGAAUAUCUCUGCCGUCAGCACCACGACCCCACCGAACUCCACACACGGAAAAACAUGUUGCUUGCUACCAAGCAGAUUUGCAAGGAGUUUGCUGAUUUACUGGCCCAGGAUCGAUCACCACUAGGAAACAGUCGUCCAUCACUUAUCCUGGAGCCUGGUGUCCAGAGCUGCUUGACCCAUUUCAGCCUAAUCACACAUGGAUUUGGAGGCCCAGCCAUAUGUGCAGCUCUCACUGCUUUCCAGAACUACCUAUUGGAGUCUCUCAAAGGGAUGGACAAGAUCUUCAUGAACAGUACAGGAAAUGGACACUCGGGUGGAGAAGCAAAAUCUUCUGAAAAGGACAUCAAGCAUCGGAAAUAACCCCCAAUGUAGGGGAUUGAGGGAGCUGGUUAGCAAAAAACAAUAACAAGGAGAUAUGAUCCCUGGGAUUGCCUGACAGUGGUGUUGGUCAGUGAGCAUGAAUGAAAAUAUAAAACACAUCUGCUUUCAGUAAUGGAGCAAGUUAACACAGCCUGAGGGUUGAGAUGGAAGACUGACAAAGAGAAAGAAAAAAAAAAAAAAGGAUUACAUUGUGGCUGAUUGCAGAAGAUUGAAAGACGGGCACUUUGUUGAGCUCCAAUAUUCUGUAUGUGACUAGUGACUCCUAGCAGUUGGCAAGACACUCAUCAUACAACAGACUGUCACAGAAAUUCCAUGGAACUCAUGUCAAUGUUUGCAUGGUACAUUGAAUACAUUUCAACACAUUAUACCCCAGAGAGAACAAAAAAUGCGAAAAGCAUUAUAGAUAUAUAUUAUAGAACCACCAGUUCCUCAUAGCUAGAAAAAAAUGGGCAAAGAGGAAUAAUAACAAACUUUAGAUUGCAGGAAGUAACGGUGUGCGGGUAUUGGUCCUAAAUUGAAAAUCUCACUAUCACUAAUUGGCUGAUAUAAACAUAUGAAAAGUCAACACAACUAUACAGAAUUAUUUUUUGUAAAUCACUGCACAAAUGCUCAUUUAACCAGGGAAAUGCUUUUUGUUUUUGUUCUUGACAGUAGAUUCUAUAGUAAAUGAUAUGAUCUUUGUAAAGACUGUAAAUGAUAUAUUUACGGGAACAAUGAAAGAAUUAAUACUAUAGUAAAGUAUUGACGUUAACUUACAGGUGUUCAGUUUCAUUUCUUGAGACCAGACAACAAACUUUUCCAGAAAAUAAGCCUGUAAUUGAUUGAUGUACCAUAUUAAGGAGUUUAUUGUGAAGUGUCUGUUGUAAGGUCUAUUGAAUGAAGUUGAGCACCAGUUAUUUGGUUUGACCAAUUGAACACAGUACUGGCAUUAAUUGAUCGGUCAAAGGAUACCAAUUAAUUAGUCAGAUAAAUAAAACACUGUUUUUAGAUCAGGGCUCACCAUUUCAAGUGCUAUGCUACUAGACUACAGUGUACACAAAUGUAUUCGCCAUUAAAAAGCUGGAGGGUUGAAGGUAGACUCACCAGGUCUGAAUUUUCACUUGCCAAUAUCUAGUGAUCGAGUGGAAAUUUGUAUUUCUGCUUUAGAUAAUUUAGCAUUAUGCAAGACUGACCUUUUCAAUAUGUUUAACAUUUUGAAAUAUGCCACAGUGAUUAGAUUUUGCCUGUAUUUAUAGCAACUUCUCACAAAAAAUAUCCAUCCAGAAUUAACUUAUUUACCUUUAAUAGAAGCAAAAAUAGAAAGGUUCCUGCCAGACUGUCUGUUAUCCCAGUGAAUAUAGCACUAUCUCAAAGUCACUCUUUUAGUACAUGUGACUGAUCGCACAACUGGACAAUGCAGGGUAGUAGCUGGGUGUAACUGACAGUCCUAAAAUCUAGCUAUGUAAAUCUUAAUCCAUGGAAUAUGACUGCUAUUAUGUGAGGUUGUCCCAACAAUGAGACACUGUUGUUUGGUCAUUUGGUGGCAAAACAAUAUAGACACGUAAACAAGUCAAAUAUGUCACUGCUCUGUUGCAUGAAACAAUUCUUUUUUUCCAUAAAAAUGUGUUCUUCUGCACUUUGUAUGGAGGAGAAAGGUUCUGCCCUGAACACAAGCACACGGAUACUCUGGGAAAAACUUCAAAUCAGGUGAUGGUAAAUCCCUGGCACAAUCAGAGAGACUUCUGUACAUAUUUAUUUAUGUGUAAUUAAAUGAGGACGUUUUAAAGAUGUUUCAGUACAAGCUAUUUAUAAAUGGAGUGAAUUUGGGUAUAUAAUUAUUAUUUGGGGUAUUUUUCCCUUUUUGCACCUGUGGGUGUAAAUUCAUCCUAGAGGACUCGUCAUUUCACGGGCACCUCUGUUGUAAAAAAA